AUGUCGAUUACAACGUUGUACUAUUUGCAAUUAAAAAAAGAAAACGCUCAUGAAGAUUCUAUUUGGUGUUGUGCUUGGAGCCGUAUCGGCAAUGUGAAACCAAAAGAAGUAGACGAGAAUGCCGAAAACAAUGAACAAUUACAAGAGUCCGAAAGUCCUCAAGAGAGCCAUGACAACUACAUUAUUACUGGAGGACUAGAUGAUAUUAUCAAGGUCUGGCAGAUAGAUGAUGGAAAGUUAGAAAUGAAGCAUCAAUUGGAAGGUCAUUCUCUUGGUGUUAUAUCUGUUGCAGUGAGCCCAGAUGGAAAGACACUAGCCAGUAGUUCACAAGAUUCUUCUUUAAUAUUGUGGGAUAUAGCAUCAGGGGAGAAAUUAAAAACAAUGGAAGCGGGUCCGACAGAUGUAUGGACAUUAGACUUUUCACCUGAUGGUAAACAUGUUAUCUCUGGAAGUAAUGCAGGAAAAAUAUUGAUAUUUAAUGUGGAGAGCGGUAAGCAAGAGCAGGUUUUAGACACAAGGGGUAAAUUCACACUUAGUGUGGCUUAUAGCCCAGAUGGAAAAUACAUUGCUAGUGGAGCUUUAGAUGGUAUUAUUAAUAUAUUUGAUGUUGCACAAGGCAAGCUGGUACACACCUUAGAAGGUCAUGCUAUGCCCAUAAGGGGUUUGUGCUUCUCUCCCGAUUCACAGUUACUGUUAACUGCCUCUGAUGAUGGACAAAUGAAACUUUAUGAUGUGGUACAUGCCAAUUUAGCCGCCACACUGUCAGGACAUGCUUCAUGGGUUCUAUCAGUAGCAUUUUCACCAGAUGGCAAACGCUUUGUUUCUGGUAGUUCAGACCGUACAGUUCGCGUCUGGGAUUUAGAUAGCAUGCAAUGCCAAAAUGUGUUCAAAGAGCAUAAUGACCAGGUUUGGGGAGUUAAGUUUAAUGCUGAGAGUAACAAAAUAGUGUCUGUAUCAGAAGACAAGAGCAUUAAUAUUUAUGACUGCCCAUUA